AUGUCUAAUGUACAUACAUUGGCUUCAUGUCUCGAGCAACUUCCUGAUGAGUUAUGGCUGCUAAUGUUAACUUAUUUAACGCCGAGUGACCGCCUGUUGGCAUUUGGCAGCCUGAAUUUUCGUUUGAACACUAUUUUGUGCGAAGCAGGCGCCGGUGUUAACGAUGUUAUGGCACGUGAUUCAUGUUUAAUGUAUGAAAUGUCCUCGUGCAUCGCUCUUGUCAACCUUCAACAUCGUUGCGAGAUUAUAGAUAUGUACAGUUUGAACAACAUUCGUUCCUUAACCAUGCGACACAUUAUGCGACACCAAAUAAUAGCUAUAGAUCCAAUUUAUAUGCCCAAUCUCACGGUACUACGCCUCUCAUCGCCUUCUGAUACACUCGAAACUUGUUACGCGCGUCUCCUUGAGCUUAUUCUGAACCAAAAUUUUCGGUCCCUCGUUUCAAUGCAUCUUCCCCAAGCUGAAUUUUUCGGUAUUUACAACUGUACCGGUCAUUCUAGUCUUCAACGUGUCACUAUUGGUGCUUGUCGUUCCAGUCGAUUUUCUACUUUGAUCGAUUUAUUACCCAAUCUUAUAACUCUCGAAAUUCGACACUUAAUUAGCUGGCCUAUUCGACAGACGAUAACACAUAAGAAGAUACGCUAUUUGAAAUUUCACAUCGAUGCUCAUUCUAUUGAGAUGGAAGACACCGAUGCAUUGAAAGCUGCAGCACCAUCGUUAAAAUACAUAGAGGCUAUGCAAUUGACGAACACACUGAGUAAAUGUUUACCACUUUCUUCAUACGAUACAACUAUAGAUGAUAAUGACUUUUAA